UUCUUGAAUAACCGGAAUAUUUGCCGGGAGGUCUUGAGGCCUGGACAGAAAUCUAUGAAAGUCGCCUACAGACCUUUCUGAAAGUGCUAAUGGAACGCGAGGACGCUGCUAUAGAUUCAGGGAGGCUGGGAGAGGAUCAGAGGCUUUCUGGCAGGAUGCGUGAGAGCUGGGACUCUGGGGACUUUUGGAUAUCCUACGCAGCUAGGAAGAAUUUUGCUUUUGGUGCCGUGUUCUGGAACAGCUCGACUCUCAGUUCUUUGGGCCUGGUGCGAACACUGAUGGUGAUAAUAGAUGGAAAGAGAGAGCCGAUCUACUUGAUAUAAGAGAGAAAGAGUACAUGGAACCAUUUGUGACGAAGAACAAUGACAUGGACAAGACGUGAUAUUGAAC